UGACAUGUCCGGCCGAAACGACGAUCUUUGUUCGUGAUCUUCGUGAUCUUCGUUGAUACUCAAUGUCUGCAGUGUGUAGAUUAGAUCUAUGAUGUUGGAUUGAAGUCAUGGAACCGAAAAUUUGCGUUAUUGGUGCAGGUGUUAUUGGUCUUUCUACAGCUGUAAAUAUCCAGAAGAGAAUUCCUACAGCCAGAGUGACUAUUAUUGCAGAAGAGUUCUCUCCGAAUCUUACAAGUGAUGUCGCGGCAGGAAUUUGGGAGCCACACAUACUAGGAAAUACUGAUGUGUCAUUGCAAAGGAAGUGGGCAACGGAAACGUUCGAGCAUUAUGCAGAAAUGCUUAUGGGUGAAUUAGCAGGAGAAUGUGGAAUCCAGCUAAUUAGUGGAUAUCAGCUGUUUAAUGAAGACAUGGAUGUUAAGGUUCCGUUUUGGUCAGACAUUGUUUUUAACUUUCGGAUCCUGACAGCUGAUGAUAAUGCUAAGAAAUUCCUACCUCCCCACAGCUCUGGCUGGUCAUAUUCAACAAUUCUUGCUCAUCCACCACAUUACAUGAAGUGGCUUAUUAAAAGGUUUCAUCAGGAGGGAGGAAGCAUGAUAAAAAUGUCUGUAAAAAACUUUGAACAGGUUGCUUUUCCGUUUGAUGUUAUCGUGAAUUGCACAGGACUCGGUGCUAGAAAGCUGGCCAAUGAUUCCUCUGUUGAACCAGUGCAAGGACAUGUCCUUAAAGUUAAGGCUCCUUGGUUGACACAUUUCCUCAUUGACCAGACUAAAGCUAAGUUGGAUGUGCGCGUUGUAAUGUUUCCAGGGGUUGAAAUAGUUACCUUGGGUGGAACAGGUGUGAAAGGGGCGUGGAACACGACACCGGAUGCCGAAGUGUCACAGAGGAUAUGGAGAAACUGCUGCAACGUUCUCCCAAGUCUGAAGGAUGCUAAGGUGGUGAGGGAAGCAGUGGGAUUGCGACCGUUUCGCCCGACGGUUAGACUCGAGAUGGAAACGUUGAAAUCUGCUGCGGGGGACAUCAAGGUGGUGCAUAACUACGGUCACGGUGGAUCAGGUUUCACGGUACAAUGGGGCGUGGCCCGCGAGGCUGCAGAACUUGUGGUCAAGGCUCUGGAGCACCGAAGCCACCUGACAUCCAAGCUGUGAUUUACAUUCAUAUCCAACACAUCGACACAAUUUUUUCUAGUAUAUCUAUAAUACACUUAUGAUUGGCUGUUAAUUGAUUUUAUGUUGUUGAAAUUUUUUUCAGAUUUUAUUGUUGAGGGAUGUUAUAUUGUUACUUUUCAGAAGCUGUGAUAAAUGAUGUAUUGUCUUCAGAAGUCAAAUUGUUGUCGUUAGUCGCUUAAACGGCUAAAUGGUAGUUUUAACUUGCAUUGCAGUUUUCUGAUUAUAAUGAAGUUUACAAUCUAGAUGUAGUUACAAUCAAGGUCAUUACUUAAUAGCUCCUGCAGAGUUAUGAUGUUAUAUAUAAAGAUCAAUCAGCAAAUCACGCGAAUUAGAUGUCUGACGACGAUAGAUUCUAUGCUUUAGUUAUAAGCUGUUAUUAGCAUGCUAUAGAUCAGUGUGGCGUUAGCAAGUAAAUCCAUGCAUGAGAUUAUAAUAAAUAAGCUCAAAGACGUAGACACUCUAUGUAAUAUGUAGCUGAUAUUCAGUCGAUUGCACAGUGAAUUCACGUAAGAUAAAGAUGAAUUGGUAGAAUCUUCUGUCAUUGCUGUGCCUGCGUUUGGUAAGUCCAGUUAUCUGCUGUUGUGGAAAUAAAAUACAAUUUAUUGAAUCGAGCAAAAA